GCGGCUCCCCUCCUGCGCAUGCGCGCAGUCCCCGGAAGGCCUGUGACCCGCUUACGGGGCCUGAGAAGGCUCAGGCAUGGCGGCCACGGCCGAGGGUGUCCCUGCAGCCCAGAGGGAGGGUCUGGGUCGAGACGAUGCAGUGGUGGAGACGGCCGAGGAGGCCACGGAGCCGGCCGAGGCGGACAUCACGGAGCUGUGCCAGGACAUGUUCUCCAAAAUGGCCACGUACCUGACAGGCGAGCUGACAGCUACCAGUGAAGACUAUAAACUUCUGGAAAAUAUGAACAAACUGACAAGCUUGAAGUACCUAGAAAUGAAAGAUAUUGCAGUAAACAUAAGUAGAAACCUAAAGGACUUAAACCAGAAGUAUGCAGCACUUCAGCCUUAUCUGGAUCAGAUCACUUUAAUCGAGGAGCAAGUAGCAGCUCUUGAGCAGGCUGCCUACAAGUUGGAUGCAUAUUCAAAGAAACUAGAAGCAAAGUACAAGAAGUUAGAGAGGCGAUGACCGCUUCUCCAGCACAAAGACGGACUCCAGGAAUGACUGUGAGGGGGUAUCGACUCCAUAAAGGGAAGCCGUCUGGCCGAUCCCCGGAGGGUCCCAGCCCCCCUUUGCUUUGGAUGAGUGACUGGCUGCCCCCUGACGUUCCCCUAAAACUCUGCCCCGACCGUGUGCUUCGUUGUGUGCCCUGGACCAAGGCUUAGACAUCAGGAUCAACCCCGGCUGGAGCCAACUCCCGGCUCCUCCCCGCCCCCCAUAGGACUCCUCUUUGACUGUUCUGAAUGUGCCCCUCCCCCAUCUCCCCCCUCGUGUUCUUGAACUUGGAUAAUAAAUGCCGAUUUCUUACGCCUUGU